AUGUCUUCUGCUGCAUGCAUCUUUUGCAAGAUCAUCAAGGGCGAGAUCCCUUCGAUGAAGAUCUUCGAGAGCGAGAAGACACUUGCUUUCCUUGACAUCGGCCCAUUGAGCAAGGGCCAUUCGCUAAUCAUCCCCAAACAUCAUGGCGCAAAGCUUCACGACAUACCCGACGACCAACUGGCCGAAGUCCUGUCCGUCACGAAGCGCAUUGCCAUCGCUCAAAACAUCCAAGACUAUAACAUUCUGCAAAACAAUGGAAGGAUUGCGCAUCAAGUUGUGGAUCAUGUGCAUUUCCACCUCAUUCCCAAGCCAAAUGAGCAAGAAGGGCUGGGCAUUGGCUGGCCAACCAAGGAGGCGGACAAGGGCGAGCUAAGCAAGCUAUUGGAGGAGAUCAAGAGUAAGAUGUAG